AAUGUUAAUUUAGUUUGAGUUGAGACGCUUCAAGAGAAGUCUCUCUCUAUUAUGCUUAAUAAACUUUUGUUGAAGUGAGACGUUUUGUGUUUAUUUUCUUAUAUUUAACGUGAAAAGUUGUUGUUAUAAAUUAUAAUAUCAAAGUUUUUUUUAAAAUGGAGUCAAAAAAUGCUAAGCAUUUUAAACGAUGAUCUUGUAUCGGUUUCAACGAGAUAACUAAUUGACUUUGACGCAUGCGUAAUAGGAGUUCUAAGAAUGGCGAGCUCAGGUUUGGACGAGUUUUGUGGCAGCGAAUUUUGGAAUUCUAAUUUAACAUGGUACACAACUGAUCCAGAUUUUACGAGAUGUUUUGAACAAACUGUUCUGGUUUGGAUUCCUUGUAUGUACUUGUGGAUUUUUUGUAGUUUAGAAGUAUCUUACAUUCUACAAAGUAAAAGAAGUGAUAUACCUUGGAACUUUUUAAAUCUAUCGAAAUUAUUUGUUAAUUUAUUAUUAUUCGUGCUGUGUAUCAUCGAUUUUAGUGUAUCUGUUAAAUGGGCAUCUGAAGGACAUAAAAAUAUCUACAACGUUCAUAUUUAUACACCAAUUAUUAAGGGUAUAACAUAUAUUCUAACUGCCACAUUAGUUUAUUAUAAUAGAAAACAUGGUUUACGAACAUCAGGGUUAUUAUUUCAAUUUUGGUUGCUCACUGCAAUAUGCGGAGCACCUCAAUUUCGCAGUGAAGUUCGUCAAGCUCAAAACAUCACCCCAGAUCCUUAUUAUUACUACGUCAGUUACAUCAUUUUUUACCCCUUAACGUUAUUGUUGGUAUUUUUAAAUUGUUUCGCCGAUCAAGAAGCCAGACUUAGUAAAUAUCCACACAGCGAUAAACCAUGUCCUGAACUUAAAAGUAGCUUUUUAUCAAAGAUAUUUUAUGCUUGGUUCGAUCCUUUGGCAUGGAAAGGUUAUAGAAAUCCUUUGGAAACGAAAGAUUUGUGGGAUAUGAACCCAAGCGAUGCCGCGUAUGAAGUUGUACCGCAAUAUGAAAAACAUUGGAAGAAAAUUCUUGCUAAAUCUAAAGGUGAUGUUCCUGGAAGUUUACAAACGGACGCGUCAUUUAAAUCAGAUACAAACAGAAUUGAGUUUGUUAGCAAUAAAGAGAAGAAGCAAGCUUCAAUUUUGCCUGCAAUGGUUUACGCUUUCGGUCCACCAUUUUUAUUUGGAGCGUUUUUAAAAUUAUUACAAGAUAUUUUAACAUUUGUUAGUCCACAAUUAUUACGAUUAUUAAUUGCAUUUGUUGAAAAUAAAGAAGAACAAUGGAAAGGGUACUUAUACGCAGCGUUACUUUUCAUAACUGCCGGAAUUCAAACCUUAAUCUUAGCCCAAUACUUUCACCGAAUGUUCUUAGUUGGAAUGCGUAUUCGAACCGCUUUGAUUUCAACUAUUUAUAAGAAAGCACUAAAAAUGUCCAACAUCGCAAAAAAAGAAAGCACUGUCGGCGAAAUCGUCAACUUAAUGUCGGUGGACGCUCAAAAAUUCAUCGAACUUACCGCGUACUUAAACAUGAUUUGGUCGGCUCCAUUUCAAAUAAUCGUUGCGUUGUACUUUUUAUGGAACAUCCUCGGUGUCUCUGUUUUAGCCGGAUUAGCAAUUAUGAUCAUUAUGAUACCUAUUAAUGGAUUUAUCGCGGAUAGGGUUAAAGUUUUGCAGAUACGUCAGAUGAAAUACAAGGAUGAACGGGUGAAAUUGAUGAACGAAGUGUUGAGUGGAAUGAAGGUUCUGAAAUUAUACGCUUGGGAACCAAGUUUUGAAGAUCAAAUUUUGGCCAUUCGUACUAAAGAGAUGAAAGUUUUAAGACAAGCUGCUUAUUUGAAUGCUGGAACAUCGUUUUUAUGGUCAUGCGCACCGUUUUUGGUAACUUUUGCAACUUUCAUCACUUUCAACUACAGCAGUGUAGACAACAUCAUGACACCUCAAGUAGUUUUUGUCUCGAUAACGUUAUUUAAUAUAAUGCGUAUUGAGAUGUUACUGCUACCCAUAUUGAUUGUAUACGCAAUCGAGGCUUGGGUUUCUAUACAAAGAAUAAAUAAAUUUAUGAAUUGUGAUGAAUUGGAUCCCUCGAAUGUUGGUCAUAAUAAAGAUGAAACACAUCCAUUAAUUAUUGAAAAUGGUAAUUUUCAUUGGGGUGACAACCCUGUUUUAAAAGACAUCAAUGUGAAGCUCGCAAAAAAAAGUUUAACUGCAGUUGUUGGUUCCGUGGGUUCCGGAAAAAGUUCUCUUCUCUCCGCUUUAUUGGGCGAAAUGGUUAAAACAUCGGGAACAGUGAACACUAUAGGCUCGAUAGGUUACGUUUCACAACAAGCCUGGAUUCAAAACGCAACUUUACAAGACAACAUUCUUUUUGGAAAAAAUUACAACAAGAAAAUUUAUGAUCGUAUCGUAGAUGCAUGCGCUUUAAGACCAGAUUUUGAAAUGUUACCAGCUGGAGAUCAGACAGAAAUCGGUGAAAAAGGCAUAAAUUUAUCUGGCGGGCAAAAACAAAGAGUUAGCUUGGCUAGAGCCGUUUAUGCAGAUGCUGAUGUUUAUUUACUCGACGAUCCAUUAAGCGCUGUCGAUAGUCACGUCGGAAAACACAUUUUUGAAAAUGUAAUUGGGCCAAAUGGAUUAUUAAAAAAUAAAACGAGGGUUUUGGUCACGCAUGGAAUAACAUAUCUACCUCAAACUGAUAAGAUUGUUGUUAUAAAAGAUGGGGAAGUUUCCGAAACUGGAUCUUAUCAAGAAUUGUUGAAUAAAAAAGGAGCUUUCGCCGAUUUUCUUUUACAACAUAUCACCGAAGCUGUUGAAUUAGAUGAUGAUGAAGAACUAGAUGAACUACAAGGCCAAUUAUCCAAUCAAUUACCGGAUGAUUUAGCUCGAAAAUUAGCAACCCAAAUAAGUCGAACACGAGCUUCUGAAUCAGAGUCCGGGUCUGAAAAAUUAAAUGGAAGUCUUCAACAUCAAAGUAGCAUAGAUAAAAGCGGCUUAAGAAAACGAUCAAGUUCAUCGAAUGAAAUUCAGGAUAAGAAAGUUGGAGAAAAAUUAAUUGAAGCGGAAAAAGCGGAAACUGGAAGCGUAAAAUGGCCUGUUUACAAACAUUACUUAAGCUCGAUAGGGGCAACAUUAACAAUCGCUACAUUAGCUUUGAACAUCGUUUUUCAAGGUUUUAGCAUUGGUUCCAAUUUUUGGUUGACAAUUUGGACUAGUGAUGAAAGUGUGGUUACUCAUGAUGAUAAUGGAACGAUUCAUGUUGAUACUAGAAAACGAGAUAUGUAUUUGGGAGUUUAUGGAGCUCUUGGAAUUGGCCAAGCGUUUGCCAUGUGUGUAUCAUCACUGGCCCUAUUUCUUGGCACGGUGGAAGGUGCCCGUAACAUGCACAAUUACAUACUGCGUAAUGUGAUGAGAGCACCGUGUCCGUCGUUUUUCGAUGUUACGCCAUUGGGUCGCGUUUUAAAUCGGUUUAGUAAAGAUAUCGAGAUUUUGGACAACGAACUUCCGAUGACGUGGCGCGGCUGGACUACCUGCCUCUUUUCGGUUAUAGCAACAUUAUUCGUAAUCAGUUUUACGACACCUUGGUUUGUAGCCGUAAUUGUUCCCAUUGGCGGCAUCUACUAUUUUGUACAAAGAUUUUACGUAGCAACAUCGCGACAAUUAAAACGUUUAGAAUCUGUAUCUAGAUCGCCGAUUUAUUCACAUUUCGGUGAAACGGUUACCGGAGCUCCCAUUAUAAGAGCGUUUAACGAGCAGCAAAGAUUCACCACGGAAUCCGAAGGAAAAGUCGAUUUCAAUCAAGUUUGUUAUUAUCCGAGCAUAAUUGCCAAUCGAUGGCUGGCUGUUCGAUUAGAAAUGGUUGGAAAUUUAAUUAUUUUAUUCGCAGCACUUUUCGCCGUUAUUAUGAAAGAUCAAGAACCAGGUUUAGUUGGUUUAUCAGUCAGUUAUGCUUUACAGAUAACUCAAACUUUGAACUGGUUGGUAAGAAUGACUUCGGAUGUUGAAACUAAUAUCGUCGCUGUUGAGCGUAUUAAGGAAUAUGGCGAAACGAAACAAGAAGCUCCUUGGGAUAUUCCUAAUAAACAACCAACUACAGAUUGGCCAAGUAAGGGAAUGGUUGAAUUUAGGGAUUAUGCCGUCAGAUAUAGGGAAGGUUUAGAUUUGGUUUUGAAAGGGGUUAAUUUUACUGUAACUGGUGGGGAAAAGGUUGGAAUUGUUGGAAGAACUGGAGCUGGAAAAUCUAGUUUAACGUUAGCUUUGUUCAGAAUUAUUGAAGCCUCUCAAGGUCAAAUUUACAUCGACAACAUCAACGUCUCUGAGUUAGGUCUUCACACAUUGCGUUCGCGAUUAACAAUCAUCCCUCAAGACGCCGUUUUAUUCUCUGGAACUCUUCGCAUGAAUUUAGAUCCGUUUAAUAAACAUUCAGAUAAUGAUGUAUGGACUGCUUUAGAGCACGCUCAUUUAAAAUCGUUUGUAAAAGGUUUAGCUGCUGGUUUAAAUCAUGAAGUAUCAGAAGGAGGUGAAAAUUUAUCAGUGGGUCAACGUCAAUUGAUCUGCUUGAGUAGAGCUUUAUUAAGAAAAACGAAAGUACUAAUAUUGGAUGAAGCUACAGCUGCUGUUGAUUUAGAAACGGACGAUCUUAUUCAAAAAACGAUAAGAACCGAGUUUAAAAAUUGUACAGUUUUAACUAUUGCGCAUCGUUUAAAUACCAUUAUGGAUUCUGAUAGGGUAAUAGUUUUGGAUAAAGGGAAAAUCGUCGAAUUUGAUUCCCCCUCGAAUUUGUUAGCUGAUAAAAAUACAGUAUUUCAUGGAAUGUGUAAAGACGCAGGAUUAGUUUAAACAAUUUUUAAUUGAGUUUUUGUCUUAUUUUUUUUGUAUUACUAACUGAAUUUAAAAGAAAAUAGCAUAACUUAGCGUUAUAAAUGUUGUAGAAUCCAAGGUUACCUUAAUGUAAAUAUCAAUCCGUUAUUUUAAUCCGAUUUUAUCUUGCAGAAUGAAAAAUCAAUUCGAUAUUGCAUCUGAUUAUUUUAUAUAUCUUUUUGUUGAUUUUUUAUAGGUACUUAAUGUUUGUUACGCGAUAAAGAAAAUCAUAGAAACUUGCCUUACAAUUAAUGUACUUUAAUAUUUUUAUAAUAACACUAAAAAAAAUGAAACAACAAAAAAUAAAUUGUAAAAUUUAUACUGUAAUAACAUUAUUUUUAAUCGUAUGUUUUAAAAUGUUAGGGGGUUGGUACUGUUUAUUAGUGUGUUAUUGUAUAAGCUAGACAAAGAUAUUGCGUUUGUGAUGCGUUUUACCUCAUUCACCUCAAAUUUUCCUAUAAAUACAAAUAUCUACUUACAGAAAAGAAUUAUAGGUACAUACUUAAAACAUCUUAAAAAGAAUAUAUACGUUUAUUAUUAA